UUGUGGGAGGAGGAGAGGAGAAGCGCACGCUGACCGCACCUUCAUCAGAUAAACGCACUUCGUUUUUCUGUUUUUCAUCUUCUCGGAGUUUUACAUCUUCUUCUUCUUUAUUUUAUAGCUUCAACUUUGAAACAGCUCGUUCUGGCUGAGACGCAAAGAAACCGACCUGCGAUGAAGACUUGAGCAACAGCAUACUGGGACAUGAACGAUGAGAGCAAUAAUCUGAUGUAGAUUAUUACAUCAGAUUGUUCGUGUGCCGCCUCAUUUAGCAUCUGCAGGCCUCGGGCACACUCGCUUUCCUCUGUUACUUUUAAAAUUAACUAUCAGUUCUCGAUAAUGCUUAUCUGAAUUUAAGAGUCCACUAUUACGAGCGGAACUCCACGCGUGACCUCUGAUACGGUGACACCGGUCAAACUCGUCGCAUUUUGCAACUCUUGUUCAUGCGGAACUCAUAACUGGAGUCCACACUGUGCCAGCUUAUUAACGCACGCUCUCCACCGGAGCGGUAAUCAUGCAGCACGAACGCCUGCUCAAAGUUUUAGUCAUCGGCGAUCUGGGAGUUGGCAAAACGUCCAUCAUAAAGCGGUACGUCCACCAGGUCUUCUCCCAGCAUUACCGAGCCACCAUCGGAGUGGACUUCGCCCUCAAAGUGCUCAACUGGGACCACAAGACGGUGGUGAGGCUGCAGCUGUGGGACAUCGCCGGACAGGAACGGUAUGGCAACAUGACCCGUGUGUACUACAGAGAGGCGGUGGGGGCGCUCGUUGUCUUCGACAUGACCCGAUUGUCCACGUUUCAGGCCAUCCUUAAAUGGAAAGGAGACCUGGACUCAAAGGUUGCCCUCAACAAUGGGAGGCCAGUUCCAGCCGUUCUUUUGGCCAACAAGUGUGACCACCGCCGUCAUGGUUUGUGCCCCAAAUUACCCAAACUGGAGAACUUCUCCAAAGAGUAUGGAUUUGUGGGCUGGUAUGAAACUUCUGCCAAGGACAACACCAACAUCGACGCUGCCAUCACAUGUUUAGUGAACAGCAUCAUGUCUAUGGAGGAGGAGAGCGUGUCGGGUGACGCUAAAAGCGAUCCAGAAGGCGGCGUUAUUGUUCUGCCUCGCUUCGACUACAACACGAAGGAGAAGCGAAUCAGCGGAUGUUCGGGAUGCCUGUCAGUUAAACACAAACAAGACCAAGAUUGAAGGAAUGUCUGCACCAAAAGACUGGAAGGAGAGAUGGCGGGGAUAACUGCCGAAUAAUUAACAGGGUUUAGCCAAAAGUCGCAUUCCCACAUCACUUUCUUCCUACUGACUUUUCCUCAGAGAAUUUUUUUUUUUUUUUUUAAGGAUUUUUCAGGAAAAAAAAUGCCAUCAAACCCAUUUUUUUUAUAUACAAGAAUCUGAUUCAAAAGUGAGUUCUUAUUGCAAAAAACUUUUACUUGGAGAAUGUGACAAAUACCAGUUUUAAUGGUUUUGAAAGAAAAUUGGCACACAGGAAUGGAAAAGUUGUGAGAAUAAUGAAGCUAUUUGUUAAAAUAACAUCUUAACUUUCUUCAAUGAAUUUUUGUUUAUCUUGUCUGAGCAUUUUAAGGGCUUUGAUGCUUCAAUUGUAGCAGACAGGUCUGUAAAAAUACAGCUCUGUCCAUGAA